AAUCAACGCCCCGAGUGGGAAGCAGAGCAGAUUAACCGAUCGCCUGCUUCUCUUCCUCCUCUACCUCCCCUUUCCAGCCACCCCCUCCCUCCCGGGUUCCGAGCGUUCCAUUCUGGAACGCCGAGGAUUUCCCAACGUUCGGAAGGAACGCCGGGCCGACCAAUCAGCGUGCAAGAAGCCACGCCGGCUGCCGGCCUGGGUUGGAGAGCUGGUCUCUCGCGUUGUCCCAUCCUCCUCGGUUUUUUUUCCCCCACGUGCCUUUCACUUUGAUCUCGCCGUCGUCUUUCUGGCUCGCUCUUUUUUUUUUUUUUUCCUUUUUGGGCUCGUCUCUUUCGCUUUCCUUUCUUCCGCUGCCCAUCGAAAGGCUAAAUCCGCCUCCGCGGAGCCAUGGCGGCUUGGAUGAGAGCGGGGAAGGAGAAAGAAGAGCAAGCCGGCGAAGGGGAGGAAGAGGAGGAGGAAGAAGAAGAAGAGAAGGAGGAGGAGGAGGAAGAAGAAGAAGAGGACGGAGCGGGAGGGCUUUGGGAAUACGAUUCCACUUGGGAAGAGGACGAGGAAGAGGAGGAAGGGAAGCGGGAGGAGAAGAAGACGACAACGACCCGGGAAACGGCUUCUCAAGCCGCUAACCUGGAAGAAGCCAAAGCCCGGGAAAAGCACAGCUGGUGGCCGUCCAGCAGCCCCAAGUGGGCCUCCGCUAGCCAGGAGAAGAGAAAACCAGGCCUUUCAACUGGAGGAGUUAAAAAAUGGAAGAGCAUAAAUAGGCGUAACUGGGACGCAGCCAGAGAUAUGCAGAAAUAUAGACAUCAUUACCCGGGAUUGGAAGAAACUGAGGUCAAUGAGGAAGAAAUGUGGAAUCUGAGCUUUUACAAAAAUGAGAUUAAUUUUUUACCCCGGGGUCUGUACAUCGACGAUCUCCUUGAGACGUGGCAAGAUAACUACAGUGUUUUGGAAGAAAACCAUUCAUAUAUUCAGUGGCUGUUUCCUUUGCGUGAACCAGGGAUGAAUUUUCAUGCCAAACGGCUUACGCGCCAAGAAAUUGAGGCCUUCAAAAAAACUAAAGAAGUCAUGGAGAGGUUCAUCCGGGCUUAUAAACUCAUGUUGAAAUUUUAUGGCAUCAAGUUAAUCGAUGAGGAAACGGGAGAAUUGAGUAAAGCGGAAAACUGGUGUGAGCGAUUCGGGAAUCUCAACCGGUACAGCCAUAACAAUUUGCGGAUCACUCGCAUCCUGAAAUGCUUGGGCGAGAUGGGCUAUGAGAACUACCAAGUGCAGCUGGUGAAGUUCUUCCUGUCAGAGACGCUGGUCCACCAGGUGCUGCCUCGGGUGCUGAGAAGCGUCUUGGACUACUUCAUGUUCACCGUCCGAAACAAACCCAAACGAAGGGAGUUGGUCUAUUUUGCCUGGCAACACUUCAAGCCAAAGCAUGAAUUUGUCUGGGGCCCUCACAAGAAACUCCGGAGGUUCAAACCUUCGUCCCUCAAGCUUCUGAAUAACCCAGAAGAGCAAAAACACGCCAAGGAAGAAGAGGGAGAGGUUGUGGAGAAGGAUGGUGUUGAGUCACCCCAAACCAUCCUUCAGAGACUUACAGAAAAACCUGGGCAAGAGGAAGCUAGAGAAACUCUGGAAAAAGAGAAACGUGAGUUGUCAGAAGAGAGUUUUGUUCCUCACCAUGAUUUAGAUACAGCAAUACAACAUGACCACAUGGAGCAGCCUGUAUCCAGCAUUAGUGCCACGUUAAGCCUUUCAGACAGUAAUCCUGUGCAGGACGAAGGUAUCGGGAGGAGAACCAACUCUGUAGAAGAUGGUGACCUGUUACAAGAUGGGGAGGUUGUGGAACCUCAGUUGGAGCCUGCAGAUGAAUGUAAGACUUCCAAAAAAGAAAACCAAUAUCAACUUGCAUUGGUGACGCCAGCUGAGGCAGAGAAGGAAGACAGCAAAGAAGUCCUAGAACCUUCCAGUUGUCCAUUGGAAAGGCAGGACCAUGCUGAUGAGUGCGUGGGUGAAGUUGAGGGAGAAAGCCUCAAGGAAUCCAAGAAAAGGAAGUUGGAGCUGAGCAGAUUAAGUGGUGAAAUCCCUGGGGCCUCUAAAAGCCCCAGUGAUAUUGAAAGGAUCUCCCAUAAUCUUGGCGAGGUAGUCAUUACGAAGGAGGAAGUUAGCGUCUUGGCCCCCGAAGGUGGCAAUGAGGACUUCCCCGAUGGGAAGGAAAUUGAAUCCCUUGAUACGGUGAUCAAGAAACGGAAAGUAGACGUUGUACCCAAAGGUGGCUCUUCGGACGUGGGUUGUGAGGUGAUCCCAUCCGAGGACCAAGGAGCAAGCUGUAGCACUCCUGAAGUUAAGGAGAAAGAUCCUGCCUGCCAAGAAGAAACCAAAAUGGCGGCUGAUCCUUCUGUAGACACUCUGACAGGACACAAGGCUGGAGGGGUGGAUGUGUUGGUUGAUUCCAACAAGAAUGACCUCCCUGGAGAUGGCUGUCUGCUGGAGAAAGUGAAUGAACGAGAAGCUACCGCUCCAACAGAAAGUGAGGUCCCUUGGUUGUCUGAACCCAUAACAGCUCAUGAAAGGGGUGUAAGAAACAAUGCAGAAUGGAAAGAGCAGGACCUUGAAGAAACAUCUGAUGGUCCCCUAGAAAGGAAUGAAAUCUGCAAAAUAAAGGAACAUGAAGACACCACAGCUGGACCAGAAGAAGAGUAGUCCUAUCCCAGAUGGGAUGAAGCUGUCCUAGAAAUACAGAACGCGGGAUGUAUCUUUUCAGAAGCAGAUCAAAAUAACCCGUUGCUUGGUUUGUGGUCUGGUAUCUCCAGGUUUUUUAUAAACAUGACACCUAGUUGACACCGAAGGGUAAAUCUUUGGGGUGACAGGUUACCUCGGUUGGUUGGUAACUUGCGCAUCUGAUUAUCCCGUUUCUAGAAGUCUUUUAUCUUUUAAUUAAUUGCCAGAGAGCUGUGUUCUUUUUUAACAGAAAACACUCAGCUGUUCGGUACAAGGUAUGCCACCUUGAUAGGUGUGUUUUCCAAGGUUUACUAGAUGAGCCACAAGAAUGUCAUUUGCUAAAUUAAGUUUGUGUUUGUUAAAUAAAGAACUUUAACUUUU